UUACGGAGAAGCGGAGGCCACAGAGGCAAUAAUGCGGAGAGCCUUCCUUUGCCGAUUGGAUGCCGCAGUCUGUGACACGCACAUGCAGGUGUUCCGGCGGCAAGAGGAUUGGGUCCAUCGGCCUCUCCUCUGGAAGAUAUGACGUGCGAGUUUACUAACGCAAUGUGGGGCGUCACCAUUGGAUCUGCAUUUUGUGUGGCCGUUGUUCUGUUUUCGCUAACGAGAAGGUCAGAUAUAUGUCUUCAAGUACUGGCACCUCUCGUCUCCCAAUCCUUUCCCGAAAGGUAUCACUGCUUUGCAUUUUCAACACACAGAGUAGUCCACAUCGCAUCGUGUACGGCAGCUGGUUACUUGUAAGCGUCGUCAUUUCAUCGGCGUACCAGGGUCAGCUCCGUACUCAACUAAGUGUCGGCAAAAUGAAGGGUGAAAUUGACACUUUAGAGGAGCUUGCUGAGAGUAACCUAUCGAUACUAAUGGGUAUAGAGCUACGACCGAGUGCCAGCAGUCUACUACCUGCCAGAAUGCUGCCCAGAGUAGAAUAUGUGAAUGAGUUCGAGCAGUUGUUGCCCAUGUUGCAUUAUGUAGCAGAGCAACGAAACGUGGCACUCAUAAUCUUUGACGAUUUCGACCCGUGGAUUUUAACAUUGUUUCGAAGAUCAAGAUUGCUGCACCACUUCAUACUGCCAAUCUCGAACCUCAAAAGUAACAUCAUGGUUACAAGAGGCUCCCCGCUGGAGAAACCUCUGAGAAGAAUGGUUGGUCUCUUGCAUGCGUCUGGUGUAAUGUAUUUUUGGCAUGACCGUGAAAAGCGCAAUGCUCGUCGACAAUUGUGCGGCAAAGAAGAACUCAUGUUUCUGGACACUGGGCGUACGCACAGCCCCCUGCGGUGGAUCCACGUUAAGCCAGCCUUUAUCAUACUGUACGGCGGCCUCGCUAUAGCUUCUAUGUGGUUUGCAAUUGAGUGUGUCUUAUUUAAACGUAGGAAUGUUUACUCUUAUAUUAUUCAGAAAUUGAUUUCGUAAAACAACAUUUGAUUUUUGUUAGUCUGGUGCAGGACUGUCUCCAAAUGAACUGAAAAAAGCUCUCGUAUAACUUGUCCUCUCAUAAAAUUUAAUGUACUAAUGUGUUUCUUCGACCCUCAUGGGCCUACGAGUCAGUGAACAGCGGCUGAGAUUAAAUUGAUGGGGGAGGGGCGGUUAUCGACCAAGUAACUGUGCACCGGCACCACUUGGUUGCAAACAAACGAAGAGAAACAGUCGUGCGCCCCAAUCUCUGCCCUCAAAUAUGUCGCUGCAACCUAUGCGACCUUUGCUCACUUUUGCCCGAAUUAUUGGUUUAAGUCCAACCGGACCGCCACCAACUUUCAAGUCAAAGUUGAGAAGGACUUUUCGCUCGUUUCGAAUUGAAAGCCGGCACAACGCUGGUGUUAUUCCAUAAAAUAGACAGCCGCUCACUGUGAAAAAUAUUUGUAGUUUUUACGGGGAAAACCCGUAAGCGAGCAAUGUUACUUAUUUACGAUGUCAGCGAGUAAAAUUAGGACGUGUUGAAAUUAAUAUGAAUCGACUCAGUAUUUUUCACCGAACAUGAAUGAGCUGACGUAAAUUUACGAUACGAACCACUCGGAACGAGUGCUCGUCGUUUAGCCGGGAGCGUUCCAUGCAAUAUCAGCAUUUUCUCUUUACCACUGUGUCGCUCCCCAAAAUUUAAACAUGUAAAUUUAUCUUGAUAUUUUUCACAGUGAUAAAGCACGUACCGAUAGUUCUCAUUCUGAAAGGAACGCAAGUUGGCAUUCCGCUUGGCAUGCCUUUAAUGCAUUUCACGCAAAAAAGCCUGUUCGCUAAAAUGGC